AUGACUCUGAGUCUCUCUUUGAGGGCACUCACAACCAACAACACUUCAAGAAACCCAAUUCUCAGACUUGGACGUUACCAUUUUCACUGUUUCACUAAUCCUCUGCUGCAAUCCCAUGCUGUUGCCCUCAAUUUAAGUACCCCUUUGUGGGACGGUGAUCCUUCCAUUGUACAACAGCUGUUCGACCAAUCUCCUCUGAGAGGCCUCAAAGAACAUAACCAGUUUCUCUUCCGUUACUCUCGCAAUGACCAAACCCAAGAAGCCCUACACCUUUUUAUGUCCCUUUGUCGUUCGGGUUUACCCCCUGAUGAAUCCACCAUGUCCUGCGUUUUGAAAGUUUGUGCUAGUUCAUUUGAUGGGGUGGUGGGUAGAGAAGUGCAUUGUCAGUGCGUCAAGUUUGGACUUGUGCAGCAUGUUAGUGUAGGAACCUCUCUGGUUGAUAUGUAUAUGAAAACUGAGGCUGUUAGAGAUGGGAGGAGAGUUUUUGAUGAAAUGGGUGAGAGAAAUGUGGUGUCUUGGACUUCCUUGCUCGCGGGUUAUUCAUGGCAUGGGUUUAAUGAUCAUGCAUGGGAAUUGUUUUGUCAGAUGCAAGUUGAGGGGUACAUGCCUAACCAGUAUACUGUUUCUACUAUAAUUGCAGCUUUGGCCAAUGAGGGUGCGGUUGAUAUUGGAAUUCCAAUCCAUGCCAUGGUUAUAAAGCACGGUUUUGAGACAGCAACACCUGUGUGCAAUUCUCUAAUUAGUAUGUAUUCAAAGUCAGGGAUGUUAAGAGAUGCAAGAGCUAUUUUUGAUUAUAUGGAGUACAAGGAUUCAGUUUCUUGGAAUAGUAUGAUCGCAGGGCAUGUGAAAAACGGACAAGAUUUGGAAGCUUUUGAAACGUUUAAUAACAUGCAACUUGCAGGGGCUAGACCUACGCAUAUGACAUUUGCUACUGUUAUCAAGUCAUGUGCAAGCCUUAAGGAAUUGGAGUUAGUAAGAUUGCUGCACUGUAGGGCUCUGAAGAGUGGGUUUUCCACUCACCAAAGUGUCACAAAUGCACUCAUGGUAGCAUUGAGUAAGUGCAAGGAAAUGGAUGAUGCCUUUAGUAUAUUCUCAUUGAUGUGCAGGGGUGAAGACGUGGUGUCAUGGACUGCUAUGAUCAGUGGAUACUUGCAGAGUGGUGGAACUGAACAGGCUGUAAAUUUGUUUUACCAAAUGAGGAGGGAAGGUGUCAAACCAAAUCAUUUCACGUAUUCUACCGUCCUUACUGUGCAACAUGCUGUUUUCGUUUCUCAAAUACAUGCAGAAGUUAUCAAAACUAAUUAUGAGAAGUCAUCUUCAGUAGGAACUGCACUUUUAGAUGCUUAUGUUAAGAUAGGAAAUGUUAAUGAUGCUGUUAAAGUUUUUGAGCUAAUUGAAGCGAAGGAUGUAAUAGCAUGGUCAGCAAUGCUAGCGGGAUAUGCACAAACAGGAGAAACUGAAGAAGCUUCUAAAGUCUUCCUCCAAUUGUCAAGGGAGGGGGUCAAACCAAAUGAGUUUACCUUUUCCAGCAUCAUUAAUGCCUGUGCUGCUCCAACAGCGGGAGUAGAACAGGGAAAACAAUUCCAUGCCUGUGCAAUUAAAAUGAGAUUAAAUAAUGCUUUAUGUGUAAGUAGUGCUCUUGUUACCAUGUAUGCAAAGAGAGGCAAUAUUGAUAGUGCACAUGAAGUUUUCAAAAGGCAGAAGGAGAGGGACUUGUUUUCGUGGAACUCAAUGAUUUCUGGAUAUGCACAGCAUGGCCAGGCCAAGAAAGCAUUAGAGGUAUUUGAGGAGAUGCAAAAACGAAACUUGGAAGUGGAUGCUGUGACAUUCAUCGGUGUCUUUUCUGCCUGCACUCAUGCUGGCCUAGUGGACAAAGGUCAGAAUUACUUUAAUGUCAUGAUCAAUGAUUAUCACAUUAAUCCUACAAUGGAGCACUACUCUUGCAUGAUUGAUCUAUAUAGCCGUGCGGGGAUGCUAGGAAAAGCCAUGGAUAUCAUAAAUGACAUGCCAUUUCCCCCGGGUGCAACUGUCUGGCGCACUCUCUUGGCAGCUUCUCGAGUGCACAGCAAUAUAGAGCUUGGAAAACUUGCUGCUGAAAAGCUUAUUUCACUUCAGCCACAAGACUCAGCUGGUUAUGUCCUAUUAUCCAAUAUGUAUGCUGCAGCAGGAAACUGGCAAGAGAGAGUCAAUGUGAGAAAAUUGAUGGAUAAGAGAAAAGUGAAAAAAGAACCUGGGUAUAGCUGGAUUGAGGUAAAAAACAAGACGUACUCAUUCUUGGCUGGUGAUUUGUCACAUCCUUUGUCAAACCAUAUUUACUCAAAACUUUCAGAGUUAAAUAUCCGGUUGAGGGAUGCAGGUUAUCAGCCUGAUACAAACUAUGUGUUUCAUGAUAUAGAAGAGGAACACAAAGAAACUAUUCUUUCUCAGCAUAGUGAAAGGCUGGCCAUUGCCUUUGGGUUAAUAGCUACACUUCCUGAAAUUCCCAUCCAGGUUGUGAAGAAUCUUAGGGUCUGUGGAGACUGUCACAGCUUUAUUAAGUUAGUAUCACUCAUUGAACAGAGAUAUAUUGUUGUCAGAGAUUCAAAUCGGUUUCAUCAUUUUAAAGGUGGUUUGUGUUCAUGUGGAGACUACUGGUGAUGUUUGGGGCUAAUAUGCUUUAUUUGUUUUGAAUAUUCUUUUGUGGAUCAGGCUUUUGUUUGCCAAAGGAUCCAUGAAGCUUUUCCACAAAGCAUAAAUUCUUGUGGAAGCUUUAUGUAAAGAGUGUCAUGGGAAGUGAAAUCCUAAAUGUAUGAUGAUAUUGGUUCUCCACUCUGAGAUAGACCAUUGUAGAUAUUAUUCAACUUGGGAAGGAUGAUCUGCCAACAGAAACUCUCAGAAAAUAUGCAUUUAAUAUCGCUAUGGCAAAAAAGUUGAUAGUAUUGCUAAAAUUUGUUAGCUGA